UCGCUGUGGCUGUGCAGGCUUUAAUGGUUCUCUGUGUCCUGCUCUGAGAUCUGCUGUUGGGUGCAUUGAGGGGACCUCAGGAAGCUCUGAGAUUUAGACAUGGAUGCAGUGACUUUUGAUGAUGUGCAUGUGAACUUCACUAAAGAAGAGUGGAAUUUGCUGGAUCUUUCCCAGAUGAAUCUCUACAAAGACGUGAUGUUGGAGACCUACUGGAACCUUAAUUCUAUAGGCUACAAAUGGGAAGACCAUCAUAUUGAAGAACCAUGUCAAAGUUCUGGAGGGCAUGUAAGAAGUCAUAGGUGGAAGAAACUCUAUGAAUGUCAUCAAUGUGGUAAAGCCUUUGCAAGACCCAGUCAUCUCCAAUGUCAUAAAAGAACCCAUACUGGAGAGAAACCUUAUGAAUGUAAUCAAUGUGGUAAAGCGUUUUCUUGUCACAGUAGUCUCAGAUAUCAUAAAAGAACCCAUACUGGAGAGAAACCUUAUGAAUGUAGUCAAUGUGGUAAAGCCUUUUCCCGUCCCAAUAGUCUCACAUAUCAUAAAAGAACCCAUACUGGAAAGAAACCUUAUGAAUGUAAUCAAUGUGGUAAAGCCUUUGCAAGACCCAGUCAUCUCCACCGUCAUAAAAGAACCCAUACUGGAGAGAAACCUUAUGAAUGUAAUCAAUGUGGGAAAGCCUUUUCCUGUCACAAUAGUCUCAGAUAUCAUAAAAGAACCCAUACUGGAGAGAAACCUUAU